ACAGUCAUGUUCUAAAGCAAUUAAUAUUACGUGUGUGGUUUAUUUCUGAAAGGUAUAUUAAGCAAUGAACUGUAUAAACCAUGAAUCAAAGACUUAAAAUAUUUUACUUCUAGUUUAAUCAGCGGCAGAUUUUUCUUGUUGCAGUAUGAAGGUUUCGGACCAGAUUAUUGAGACAUUGACGGGAGAAAAAGCUUCUGAAGUGAAGUUACUGGAAAUCUGUAAUGCUGAGCUCUUGUUCAUCGAAAACCUCCAGAAGUGCUACGAGUUGAGAAUUUUGAACCUUCGUGGAAAUUUCAUCAAAGAGGUUGAAAAUAUCUACACGCUCAAAAACCUGUGGAAUCUUGACCUGGCCCACAAUGAGUUGACAUCUGUCACGGGGUUGUCUCGAUUUGUCGCUUUCGGCACUUUGAACUUGUCGUUUAAUAACCUCGCUUGGAAGAGUCUGGGGGAUAUUAAACAUAUUCACAUCUGCAAUCUCCACCUGCAAGGAAAUGUCGAAAUUGAGAAGGACAAAUACUAUCGGACUCAUAUCAUUGACUCGUUGCCAAACGUAUGGAGCCUGGACGGAAAAUUCAUAUCUGCAAUUGAUCGUCUGGAUGUUCAUAAUUUCUUCACACAGUCUGAAAUGUCGAAGCACCCAAUCAGAUCGAAACUUGCCAAACAGGAGAGGUUUCAGCCCACUUACAAGAAGAAUAUUCUGACAUAUGGGGUGUUUGGGGAAAAAGCGGAAGAACUGUUUAUGAAUUUCCCCACUAGAGAUAACUCACUCGUCAUAAACUCAGAGAUGGACCGGAAGAAGCUGAGCUACAUGGCCUACAAUUUAGAGGAGGAGAUCGAGACAGAGAAGCCAUAUGCAUUCGAUGUGUUGGAGUGUGAGUUUGCUGAGAGGUUCAUGGAGGACUUGUUACACGUAAGGAGCGUGGAACGAGAGAGGUGCAACAUGUUCCUCCUCCUCCUCCUGGCAUCCCUCGACCCCCCAGAAGCUCCUCUUCCCCUUCACCUCAUCAGGGAAAUGCUACAGACUGCACAACUGGACUUCAUCGGAAACUGAACUCGUUUGAGCGACCUACAAGCAGAAUUUCAGUUACAAAUCUUUCUUAUCGACCAAGAUCAGGGUAUAAGCAAAAAGAGUACGCUUCUACGCUAACUUGGCUCCACGAGAAACUUUCCCCGAGACGUCGUGUCGCCUCGGCCACCGCUGCAUCUCGCGCCUCCCCUCUCGCAGCUCCCUCGAGUGUAGACCCGAUGAACGCAGGUGUCGUCGGGAGAAAGCUGAUGGCUGUUGAUAGACCGCUGAGUUCGGCUGGACUGUACAACGAUGUGCUGCGAUCUAGUCGGCAUUCGGGUUCCGCAGUUUACCGACCGACUUCUGGGAAGAAGAAUGCAUUGCCUCCAAGAAUCGGAGACGUGGUUCUUCUGGCGCCUCAAAACAGUGGCCAUAUCAUCUCCAUACCAGACAGAAACAUAGCACUUAUCAUGAUUGCAGAGGCAACAGCUGUGAAUGGGGGUGUGGUGAGUCGUCUGACGAAUGACGAGGAAAGAUUCGUGUAUGUGAGAUUGGACCAGCUGCAGUUUGAUCACACCUUCGGCUGGUGGAAACCAAACAAUUACUUUGGAGACAGAGUCACUCUGAUGGACUCAAAGAGGUACACAAAGUUUAAAGUGGAUCCAGUUCAGUUGGCAUUUGAGACCAGAAUGCAAUUCAACCCAUCCGGCACUCUACAACAACAGCAACAGCAACAACAACAACAGCACCAACAACAACAACCCAAACAGGAUCCUGCCUUGUCAUCGUCAGCACAGACUUCGCUGGUUGCAUCUCUGGUCAGCAGUGAGAGGGGUGACCAGAGUCCAAAUAGAGGUGAAGGGGGAGGGGGAGGGGACAGUCCUGUGGAGUGGGGCAGAAUGCACAGCUCCCAGUUGGAGAGAGUUGAAAUACCCCUAAACGAAAAAGAAGACGAGUUACUAGGAUUAAAAGAAGAUGACGAAAGUGACAGCACCAAGGGAAUGUCUCGGGCCAGCUCCCCAGUCGGCGACUCCAAAACCGAAUCAAAACAGCGACGAAUCGAAUCUCGGCUCGAAAAUGACGAUGAAAUUCAGAAAACGGCUUCAGAUCUAGCAGCCAAGAUUAUCAAUUUAGCUAUAGAAGAAAUUGCAUCAGGAAGCUCUCCUGACGCAUUAGCGGAAGAGAUCUUUUUGCAAAAUGAAGAAAAAACAGAGAAUAUGUCGGAAAACAUCGAAACUUUGGAUAAUUUCCACACCGAUGAUGAUCAAAUAGCAACAGUUAACAUUGAAAUAAAAAAUAAAAAUCUAAUUGAAAAUUGGGACGCAAACGAAGGAGAAGCUAGACCAUUUGGUUUGGAGCGCGCUUCUUACUUGAAUGAGAAAAACGAUAUCAAAGCGCAAAAAGAAAUCACAAUAGACUUAGACGGAGUCAUUGCAAAUGAUUCACACGUAUUCAUCAAUCAGGUUGACAAGGAAAGAGAUGAGAGCAAAAGUCCUACACUUUCUUACCGAGAUAUCAGGUUUUCUUCUAAAGGCGCUAACUGGUCAAAAGGAUUCGACGCAGGGAAAUAUGCAAAAAGCACAGAUGUGAACCCUGUGGGUCCGAAUACUCCAGUAGGAAAGGGCCUCGCCCCCAGAAGGGCUAAAACUGCCUCCACAGCUGGAAGGUUACGCCGAGCCAAACAAAUAGUUCCGACAGUCAAAUCAGGAGGGCGGUGGCUGGCAGGUGGCAAGAACGUAUAUCAGCCGACGGAGCUGAGCGAGAGCUUCCUCAUCCCCGGCUGGGUACAGAGUAUGGAGCCCAGAGCAAAGAAAGCGUACAUGAGACGGAUGGUCGACAGGUACUCGGAGUCGUCAUCGUAUUCAAGGUCAUCAACUGCAUCCGUAACUGUGCCCUCGCGAGUCUCCAUCAGAGCCAUGAGUGCCCAGAUGAAGAACGUCUGCAACAACUGCUCUCCCACUUCCAGGACCCAACUGAUGGAGAGAUAUUAUUCCCCCAAUCUGCUUCCCAGAAUAUCGGACCCCGAGACUCACUGGCGCCACAACUUUGUGUGAACGAAUAUACGUUCAAAAUGAGAUAGUUUCUAAAUGCUAAAACGGCUAAAAUAAAAAACGUUACUUAGCAACAGUUAAAAAAUU